AUGCUCCGUGCAAGAUUUGGGCAGGGCGAAAAUGGGCAAUGGGUUCAGUGCAUCUCCACCGACGUAGACGGUAGCUUUCACUAUCAGCAGCAUGAUACAGUUACAUUUCCGACUGACGCCUUCGCCGCCUUUCGGUGCAGUCAGAAGAGGAUAAAGAUUCGAGAAGGUCCCAUGUUUGUGGUCGAUUACCUCACAAUGGGCGAUGGACAACAGUUUCUGUGUUUAAGUGCCCAUCGACUUGUGGUUGAUAAUGCGCCCUGGGAUAUCAUUGUUACAGAUCUUGGAGAACUUCUCCUAUCACGCCCUCCAAAACUGCUUCUCCACUCCCCUUCUCGGUCUGGCUGCAAGCCCAUUCAGAACAAGGCCGGUGGUUGGGGUGGUGGUGGUGAUGAUGGUGUGAAUGGAACAAUAUUCAGCAUACCUGCAGAAAAAACCACAGUACUCCUGGGCAGUGCGAAUCAAGCGUUCGGUAGGAAGCCCGAGGAGCUGAUUCAUGCCGCCCUCUUAUAUUCUUUCGCUCGGGUAUUUCCAGACCGAGAUUUGCCUAUCAUCUACAGCGAAGAUCAUGGACGUGACCCAGGGGACUCAGGCCUUGACCCAACUCGCACAGUGGGCUGGUUCAGUUAUAUUUGGCCAGCCCAUGUAAAUUUGAAGGGCGAUCAUCACGAAUUGGUCGAAUACGUGAGUCGAACCAAGGAUGGUCGCCGGCAAGCAGAGGGACGGCCAAAUACCAUAGUAGGAGGCCACUCAGCCGGGCCUAAUGAAUGGAUUGAGGUCUUAUUCAACUUCGAUGGGCUCGUGCAUCAACAGAAAUCCGUUCAUGGCCUGUUCCAGAAGAUGUCGCACAACGAGUCUUCGGCUAUGACUGAUCUCGGCACCAAGACAACUAACUUUUCGCUAUUUAGCAUAUCGGCUGAAGUGACCAAUGCACAAUUGCAGAUCGGCAUUUUCUCCCACCGUCCCAUGAAGUCAGCUGGCACCGCCGAUAAAUGGGCAGGUGCAUGCGAAGAAGCCCUAUGGCAGAUGGCGCUUCACCUGCCCUCUCGGUCACCAGCGUUCACGCUGUCAGAUUUUCCUUUGUUAGGUCUGAAUUACAAUCAGCUGAAGAAUUUCCAGAGACAUGUCGAUACGCACAUUACCUAUCAAGGGCUCCGGAUAAUAGACGCAUAUCCAUGCAGCCCUGUUCAAGAGGGGGUGUUAAUCAGUCAGGCCAAACUUUCCGGGGACUACAUGAACUUGAUACCUUGGAUUCAACCACGCGACGGUCAGUCAGCGGUAGAUAUGCCUCGAUUUAUGCAUGCCUGGCAGCAGGUGAUUGAUAAACAUCCUUUGCUACGGACAGUGUUUCUAAACAAUUUCCGAGACGAUGGGUCCAUAGAUCAAGUGGUCCUCCAAGAAUAUCAUUGUGAUAUUAACGUGAUGCAAUCUUGCAUAUCGGACCCGCUAGAGGCACUUGCACGCUACAAGCCUUUGCCAAUUCCGGCAUCAUGUCCUCCCCAUCGACUGACAAUAUGUCAAUCGGACAAUGGUGAGGUAGCAGGUCACUUGGAGUACCUUGACGGUUUCGAGCCUACGCUGUUCCAAAUUCUUCGCAGCGAAAACGAUCGCGAAGCUGUCCAAACAAGCGAAAGUGGUUGCUUCAAGUGUCCAUUGUCCGAUGUCACUUCACUUGAAGUGUUUUGUCAGCUUCAUGAUGCAACCAUGUCAACUGUUUUUCAGAUAGCGUGGGCGAUGGUGCUCAAGGCCUACACGAGGUCCGAUGACGUUUGCUUUGGAUAUCCCACUGCUGGACGAGAUGUAACCCUUGAUGAUAUUCACGACGCUGGCAGGGCAGAUGCUCCCACCGAGUACGAUUCAAUGAUCGGAAUCAAUAUCUCACAGCAAGACGUGGGGCUCGAACUUCAGUACCGCAAAUCAUUAUUGUCCGACUCUCAGGCCAGAUACGUCAUGGACGCGUUCUGUCAGGCCGUUAAAGAAUUGACCGUUGACUUUUAUCUGACAGCUGAUAAAGUGCCCCUUCUCGGCGGAGCCUCAGAGGCUUUGGUCCGACGAUGGAACAAUAAUGCCCUGCGUGACCCUCGCACGCCAGUAACGAAGACAAUGUCUGACUUGAUUUCCGAGAUAUGUAUUUCUCAACCAGAAGCACCUGCGGUAUGA